AUGAAGCCCAGUGUCCAGACAUUAUCUACUACCAAAUCCAGUCUCCAGACAACAUUGCCCACUACCACAUCCAGUCUCCAGACAACAUGGCCCACUACCAAAUCCAGUCUCCAGACAACACCCACUACCAAAUCCAGUCUCCAGACAACAUUGCCCACUACCAAAUCCAGUCUCCAGACAACAUUGCCCACUACCAAAUCUAGUCUCCAGACAACACCCACUACCAAAUCCAGUCUCCAGACAACAUCCACUACCAAAUCCAGUCUCCAGACAACAUUGCCCACUACCAAAUCCAGUCUCCAGACAACAUUGCCCACUACCAAAUCUAGUCUCCAGACAACACCCACUACCAAAUCCAGUCUCCAGACAACACCCACUACCAAAUCCAGUCUCCAGACAACAUUGCCCACUACCAAAUCUAGUCUCCAGACAACACCCACUACCAAAUCCAGUCUCCAGACAACACCCACUACCAAAUCCAGUCUCCAGACAACACUACCCACUGCAAGACCCGGCGUCCAGACAGUUACACCCACAGGACCCCAGGAACUAACUACAUCCAAUAGACGAGGUUGUCUAUGCCCUUGCACAAGAAUGAAAAAUCUCGUCAUCAUCCAGAAUGAAACUCAGCUGAAAAGGAAGGUAGAAGUGUUGAAAAAGGUCCUGAGUGUGAACAAAACCUUGCUAUCCAGCUCGUUACGACGGAAGAUUUCCGCUACAGACUCACGUACAUCCGUUGUCGCCAUUGGGAGUAUCUUAGGAAUCACUGUCAUUGUACUAGUCAUUGCUCCUGUAAUCGUAAGUGACGUUCGUCGUUUGUACAGCGAUUUCAAACACGGGGUGUAGAGAUGUAGGCCUAGAAGAAGAUAAACAUUUGAAAACAAAGAAAAAAAUCAUAAACGCUCUAGAAGCAAAGCAUGUAAUUAAUCUUAACGUGUAAGAUAUUGUACAGGGUGUUUCAUAAAGUCUCGGAGAAUUUUUCGCAUUAAUUGUACAAGACACCUUGCAGUAAGAUAUCUAGCUGCAGAUUUGUAGCUCUGUGGGAAAAUAUUAGGAUAUAUUACAAAGUUACAGAUC